AUGUAACUGCUGCAGAAAGGUCCGACUUCUUUCGUGAAAACACGUUGAGAUUUUCAUACCCAAUUACUGAUCUUGUGGUUACAAACCGAACUCCAUAACCACAAGGCUACGCGCCAUAAAGGAGCUUGAAUUACACUGUGAACGAAACUCAAGCUAAAUCUUUGAUACUGCAUUUAACGAUAAAACAUAUUGACAAGAUUUUGCAUCUGACAUGCAUGCGCAACAUCAAGGACACAUGAUUCUCCAUUUUUAAACCGCUUUUUUGGUCAUCUUUACUGUUCGGUUUCACAAAAAGGAGCAGGGAUUACAAAGAAGAAUUAGAAAAAGAAAAAGCCGUUUUUUAUACCUUUUAAUGAAUUAUUUUAUCUAAACUUAAAGACUCCUCAAGAAAAUAUAUAAAUAAUGCAUCAAAGAGUCUUUGCAUAAUGGUUAGCAGAAGUCAAACAAGGGAAAUGACCCUACACUGUAAUGAGAAAUAAACUUUUGAAUUGUCAAUAACUUUUAAAAUAAAAAAGCCCAAUUUGCAAUCAAUUUUUAACAAAUUUAUUGUGCGAUAAAUCUAUUUUAAAGAUUUUUCAUUUUUGUAAAAUGAAAUAAAAAAGACUAAAAAAAUAAAUAAAUUAUAAUGGGGCAAAAUUAAUUUUUUUUAACAUUUUUCAUUCCAUUUUAUUUCAACGUCAACAUGCUUCUAGCAUUGCUUCUUUUGACAGGUAGGUUUUUUGUCAUUUCAUAAAAGGUCAAGGUAGGUUCUUGUGAAUUACUGCUAAUCAGCCCAUGGUUAUAACGAGAAAUGCUUUAUUCCUUCAUUUUCAGGCCUACUUGCUGAAAGAUUUCAGAACUUGAUAAACUCUUCCAUACUUAGUUUAUAAAUCUUUCCAUCACUCUUAUCGUUAUAUACUAGUUUAUUUGAUCCUGCUAAAACAAUGCUUAGAACGCCGUGUUUACGUUUUUAAGAAAUAUGUGGCGCCGUAGAUUAGUGGUUAUAGCUCUCGUACUCUGUGCGGGAGACCGGGGUUCGAUUCCUCUUGACGGCGAUUCAACAUGGGCGAGUGAAUGUUACCAUAGCCCCGGGUUAACCCAAGCCAUAUGAGGGAAAUUGGGAAGAUGGCACACUGUGUGGGCCGUUGGAUGUUGCCGAGAGUUGUCUAGUAGAGCGCUGGCUCCAAUUGGAUCUGCGUAGCUCAAAAUGAGCAUUAAAUACUCUAGGACUCUCCAUCUACGCCAUGGCCCCUCAUGGAAUUAAUAGACAGGGUAUAUCCCUCGAUAUUUGUGAGGCUAGCCAUGUAAAAUAUGCACAUCUAUCUAUCUAAUAUAAAGGCAUGAAGUGUAUAAAUAUAUUGUUAAUUUUAGGAAGUGUGACCACUAUUGACGUGGUUGAAGAAAGACACGUGUCCAUUGACAUAAAAGACAACAACAGUUUAAAAGAUUACAAAAAGCCUUUCGAAGUAUUGGUGGUCCUUCGCAACACUUACAAAUCAGAUCUGGAUGAUGUUUCACUGCACUUUAUCCACUCAAAACGCGUCAAGAUAAACAAAAUUACCACGGAUGGACAAGACAAAAGCGUGACUUCUGCCAUACUUCUAACAAACAAGCUUGGUGUUAACGGAACAAUUACCUUCAAACUGAAUGUCAUAUUGGAAGACGAAUCUUCCUCCGAAAGUCAGAGCGGCUACCAUGUUGAUAACAUUCUCAUCGACAUACACUGGCUCUACGGUGGAGUGUUAUACGCCACUGGAUACGAGGCUAUACUUUUACCUUUUGUUAUCCCAGGUUGCGAUACAGUCUUUGAUGUGAAGAAUAACGUCCUUCGAAGUGAUCAAGUAUCUGCUACAUCAUAUUACGUCUCCUCAUCCCCACAAGAAUUUGGACCAAAAGGUAAUGGUUGGUGCGCAGAUCAGAAGAAGAAUGUAUACUUUGAGAUAUUGUUCACAAAGAGAGUUCGGCUGACGUCUAUCCGGACAGCUGAGAGAACGGCGAAAGAUCACUGGAUGAAAGAAUUUAAAAUAGCUUACAAGAAAGACGGAGAAUGGUUAAAUUACACGCAGAACGGAUAUAUCAAGCUUUUCAAAGCUUAUAAAGAAAUGGGUGGCAACAAAUUCCCAUGGUUUCUACACCCUCUGGAAUGUGAUGGUAUUAGAGUCAUCCCCACGCAUUGGGAAGGUGAACUUAUUUGUGCUCGGAUGGAAAUCAAAGGAUGCUACAUCUCACAAGAAGAUAUGUGUAUCGAUUCCAUUGGAAUGGAAGAUGGACGAAUUCCAAAUGCUUCCUUAUCAGCUCGUUUUCAAGGCGCGAAUAGUUCAAUACCCGAGCAUGGUCGAUUAAAUGCACUAAGUACAGGCUGGAAAGGAAACCCUGGGAAGAGUGACUGGUUGCAGAUAGAUCUUGGUUCUUUAUUUAAGAUAACUCGCAUCGGUAUUCAAGGAGGGUACAAGAAAAAAUUUUACGUCACGGAGUUUAAGUUCUGGUUUAGCAACGACUCCUUUGUAUGGAACAGCAUUCGAAAAAGAACUGAUGGGGUGAAGACAAUCUUCACGAAUUCAACUGAAGAUCAUGUUUCCCUUGUCAGCCUUGAACCACCUGUGUUUGGAAGAAGCUUUCGCAUCGAACCUUCGACAUAUGAGAUAAUAGCGCUUAAAGCCGAAUUAUAUGGAUGUCUUGUUAAGGAAAGAACAACUGAAGAAAUCAUUGGAAAAGUGAAAGAAUUUCCCACCCGCACGGUCCUUGUGGAUGAAAAGAACGGAAAUAUAUUCGUUUGCCAUCGAAACAUUCCUAGAGCUAAUUGCUAUCAAAGUGACCAGCUCAGUGCAUUUCAAAGAUGGAAAAGUUGUCCUAAUUUUAUUUCAAACGUUUUGGCUGUCGAUUCGUCAGGUAGCAGUUACGCAAGAACAACCCAGGGCUCAUACAUGAUCAAAAAGAACGAUUCAGACAUAUGGAUGGAUAUUUCGCAGAACACGCUCACAAACAGAGCAAAAGUUGACGUGCUAUACAAAGCUUUUGAAAUUCCUACCAUUAUACCCAACGUGGAAUCAAAAAUUCGUUGGACAUUGAAGGAUAACAGACAAAUUGCUGUUUCAGGUCGAGGUGUUCAUCUCCGAGACACAAAACAAUCCCCAUGGAGAUUAAUCUCAAGCUGGUCGUGUUGUGGUGUUUAAAUCACGUGCCAAAAAAUGGAGCAACUUUUUAAUGGCAGGGCAGAUGUAUUUCGCACAAUAACUUUAAAAAAAGUUGAGACUUUACUGUUAAAUUUCAACUAAAUAAUCUUUUCUUAAACUUCUGUAACCAUAGCAACUUCUACUUACUUGCUUGCACGCACUAUAACAUAUGUAUAAAUAUGACGAAUUACAAUGUAAGAAAAUGUAUGACCACGUGUUAAAAACGUGUCUUUGUGUUUGGUAUUGUACGAUGGCUCUAAAGUGUUACAACUCUAGCUCGGAUUUUGACAGUUUUCGUAAACAAAUUUUG